AUGCCUUUCGUUGAUGCCGCCAAUUACCCCACGGACCUUCCACAGGGUGGCUUCCAUAUCGACGCAGACGAUGUGGACGAUUACCGUCUCCCACGCACCCUGGACAACGACCUCCUGAUCUGGAAGGAGACCAACCCGGAUACCGGAGUGGACCAGCAGAUCCGCGACCUGCAGCAGACGGUCGUCAGACAACAAUCCCAGCUCAACGCCCCGCCGCAGCCAAUUGUUGUCCAGCAAGCGCCAGGGCCACAAUGCUCGCACAUCCGCGUCCACGCUCCACGCACGUUCUCCGGUGUCUCCAACGACAAGGGCGUCUAUAACCCCACGCCACGGGACUUCGUCUGGAACAUGCGGAACUACCUCGUUGCCGAAGAAGAGGAAGCCGCCGGUAACCCGCUCACCGACCACAACAAGAUCGUCCUGGUCUCCACGCUUCUUGACCAAUCUGUCGCCAUGUGGUACGAGCAGAUCAUGGCCGAAUAUGCGGAGUAUCGGCGGAUGGCGCUUCAAGCCCAGCAGCAGGGACACCCGGUACCGGCUUACACCGGCCCGCUCGUCGAUCUCGAUACGUUCUCGCAGGCCUUCCUCCAACAGUUCGAGGACGUCGACAUCCAGAAGACAGCCAUCGCCAAGAUCCAGUCCAUGCAACAAGGCGCGCAGUCUGCGGAGGUGCACACGCGUCAGAGCUUGAAACCUGCCAUCCGCGACAAGGUCAACGGCCAGGGCAAGCAUCGCCCGGACACGCUACAGGGCUGGUAUGAGGACGCCGUGCUGUUCGACAGGCAAUGGCGCGAAGAUCAUCCAGACCGGCCCUCGUCGCAGUCCACCACAGGCAACUCGUCCUCGCGCAACCAGUUGACUGGCACGAACAACAACACCAGCCGGUCCACGGGUGCUUGGCAGCAACAGCAGCCAUUGCGCAACGCCAACCAGGGGCAGCCGCGCAACGGCAACUGGCACCCUUGGGGCACUCCAGCCCAGCAGUCGCGCGCACCGGCUCCAGCGGCCAACACGGGCGUGGUCCCGAUGGACAUCGACACGGCCAAUGCAGCAAUGGCGUGCUACCGCUGCGGUGAGAACCACCUGGCGCGCAACUGUACUACGCCGACGGAGACUAUUCGGCAGAAGUACGGCCGGGAUCGCAUGAUCCCCUUCCCCGCUGGCUAUCGGGCACGUGCCACGACCUUUGCCAACGUGGACGACUUCGCCGCCUCGCUAUCUCCGGCUGAUCAAGCGGAGUUAGCACGCUCGCUGCAGAGCAGGGUAGGAGCACCGGUUACUCCUCCGGCCCAGGCGUCGCAGCAGGGUUUUGCCAGCGGCUCGUCGUGA